AUGCGUGCCUACGAUAACAAUAAUUAUUACGGAUACAAUAACAAUAGUAUGACCCCGUCCAGCAGUAGUAAUGAAUCCCAAAUAUCCCAUGGAGGAGGAGGAAGUGGUGGUGGGGGCCAAGAAUAUUUGAGUAAUGUUAGUACAACACCACAAUCAUCUGAUGCCGAAAUUAAUUAUCAUACAUCAACUAAACUAAAGAGACCACGAUCUGAUAAAAAUCUACGUGUUUCAUCCGGAUCUUUUACAAUCAUUGGAUCUAAUAAUAAUCAUGAUGAUGAAGUACAAAAUGAUUCAACUAGUUACGGUGCUAAAAUUAAUCUACAAAUACCAACAAUAGAUACAACGACUCCAACGCCUCAAUUCAGGAUACAACAAGCAAAAAGAAGUCACCGGAAGAACACAUCAUUUUCAAUAAUGACAGAACUGCCACCAACCUCUCGAACACCAUCACCGCCAGCACUUAGUACAUCAGGACGAGUGAGCCCGUUCCGUGGUCGUGGAUUUCGUCCAGGAGCAUCUUCAAGACAUACCACACCUUCAUCAUCACCACCGCCACCAUUAUUACCAUCUGAUAGUAGUAAUAAUAAUAAUAUAACUGGUGGUAUGAAUGUUCAACCGUAUUAUGAAGACCGAGCAACUAUACGAAACAUUAAUUAUAUCAACAGUAGUGGCAAUGAUUCUAAACAAGAUUCCAGCAUUUAUAGACAACAAUCUAGGAUACCAAGGACUAACAGGAUAGACAAUCGUAAACAGAAUGAAAUUCAAGACAAAUCACUUUUACAUACGAAUCAAUUCAAUAAUGCAUUUAUGAAUCAAGGUGUAACCAAUAGUACCUUAAAUAAUAAUAGUUUAAGUCGAAGUUUAUCAAAUUUACCAGUAAAGCCAGGUAUAUCAAGGCCACCACCAUCACCUCGGCGGAAUGGAGCCAAACAAGCAUUUACCCAGUUAUCACCAAUAAUAGGAACGCCAAAAAUGUCACCAGAUACAACCUCUCCUCCUACCAAAUCAAUAUUAAAACCGUCAAAGAGUGCAUUUGUUCUUUUAUCAAAAGAUGAAACUAGUAGCGAAGAUAGUAAAACUAAAUCUCCUUCGAAAAUUCCUCGUAGCACAAGUUUAAAUAGGUUAUCACAAUCCAUAGAAAGUUUAUCUAAAGAACCUGCACUUAGAGAAAAUUCUCGUAAUUCUACGAUAAAAACAUCACAAUCUCGAUUACAGUCUAGAGAAACUAGUCCUAAUUCAAAGCCGCCAACAGGUCCCCGACGAACUGUUAGUAAAAAUAUUCCAAAACAAACUACUUCUACUGCCAAAUCAACAAAUAUUUCACGAACAUCAAGUAUGAAAAACUUAUCAAAACCAAAUUCUAGAGCACCGAGCAGAUCUACAAGUCCCUCAAAUAUGCAAACAGCAAGUGGUUCAAGUCCUAAUAAAUUAAAUAGGUUAGCACCAAAACCUGUUAAUCGAGGUACAAGCAGAUCUAGAAGCCCAUCAACAAAUCCAACAUCACGUAGCUCAAGUCCCAAUAAAUCAAGAAAACCAACAACUAAAACGACAGCAAGUCGAGGAUCAAAUUCUUUACAUCCGAGUAGAUCUACAAGCCCAGCAGUUAAUCGUGCAACAAAUUCAACUAGUAGAGGUCCGAGUCCAAAUCGACUAGCGGUACCACGGGAACGAACAGUGAACAGGAGUCGUGACUCAAGUCCAAAUAAGAAUAAAAAGCCAACACCAAAAUCGCCAACUAGAAUUCCAAUGAAAUCAAAUAAUAAUUACAGAAAUGUGAUAUCGAAAAUUGAUUCCAAUAAUAAACGAGCAACAAAUAAUGUAACAAAUAAACCAAAAAUUCCUCCGAAACCAAGUAUCGAUAGUGAUAACAAUCAUAAAAGUAAAACUCGAGAGUCAAGAUUAUCUAGACAAAUCUCAAAGAAAUUAAUUUCCAUACCUGGUGAAAAUGUUACAAAUUCAGAAACGAAAACAUCCAGUGAAGCUCAAAAAAAUGACCAAGCUCAUGUUUCAAAAGACAACCAGAAUAAUCCAACAACAUCUGAAGAUAAUGAAACAGAAACACCAAACAAUAAUGAAAGUGAAGAUGACGAAACAAGACCAACUCCAACAUUAGCGACAUUAAUAGCACAAAAUUUUGAUGCAAACGCUAAUAAUGUAGUCUCAGUAACCACAGAGACAGCAACAGCUCCUUUACAUAUCGAUGCCCCAAAACCACAAAUUCCUGUAGCUCCAAUUGAAAAUUUAUUAUCGAAAACUGUGGCCGAAAAGCCAAGUAUAGGUGACGUAAAACAAUCAUCGUCUUCGAAUGUUCUUAGUAAUAGUCAAAAUAAGCAAAAAAAUGACAAAACAGUUUCUUCAACGCAAGAGGAGGGUAGUAAAUCUCCGCCUAAACCAAUGAAGAAUCAAUCAAAUCCAGCAAAUAUGCCUGAUACUGCAACUGGUUCAGCUCCUGCUUCAGAUAGGUUAAAACAAAGCGUAGAUAAGCAGAAUGAAACAAAUGUAGCAAGUAGCAAUAAAGAAAGUAAUCAAAAUAUAAAAGAGGAGAGUAAAAUUUUGACUAAGAAAAAUUCGGAGAAGAAAAUUGAUACUAGUAAUGUAAAUAAUAAUAAUACAACGGUUAUAACGCAUAGCAAUUCCGUGGAUAAAAAUUCACUAUCGAAUAUAACUAAUUCGUUACAGACUGCUAAUAAUAAUACAAAAAAUUUGCCAAUAAUAGUUAGUGAUAAAGUUAAGCCAAUACAAAUACAAGUGAAAGAAAGGGGUACAAAUUUAGACGUACAAAGUGGUAAUAUCGAACGUAGGCCGUCAAAUGGAACAAUUGCUGGGAAGGGAGAACCAAGAAUAUUGUCUGCUUUAUCUUUGCAUUUCUUAUUCAUAGACUUAUUUCAUUCACAUUCUGAAUGCCUUGCUGCAUAUGAUUUCUAA